AUGCAUUUCUUCGUUCAGAUAGAUAAAGGACAAAAACUGCUUUUCCACACCUCAAACAGUUCAACAUAUAGCAAUGUUUAUGCAAUUGACACCAGCAUGGCAAUGGAAGAUGUUUUUAUCGAUGCUGACAGUAUAUUAUACGGAUAUUCGCAUGGAACACUGUAUAAAGUAACGGAUAGCAUCAUUCCGCUUUACUACGACAUACGCUUCAUUUCGCUCAGCUCUCCAAUUUUUUUAGUCGCGAACGAUCACUUGGUAUUGAUGAAAAGCGAUACAAAUUUCCAAGUAAUCAAACGUGUGCCCGCAACUAUUAAGGGCCUCAAAUCAUGUUCUAAUGACUAUCUGUUCUGGGAGGAUAGAAAAAUGUAUUUUGGCGAUCGUGCAAUCAACAUCGACUUUACAAUCAAGGAAUUACAGCUCUUUAACGGUGUGGUAUUCAUUCUAAGUGCAGAGAACAAAUUUUACACGUUAAAAGGCGAUUUGCCGGAGGAGAUCAUCGAUCUGGAAAGUCUUGUUGUUGUAGACAUGUGUAUAAACAAAUACCUGCCGGUGAUAGCCUUUUUGACCGAUGACAGCAUUUACAUUUUGGAUGUGGGAAACAAGAAAAUAGUAAAGGUUAUAGAAUCGUACGGCGGGCAGAACAUCAUCUUCAAAAAUAAGAGAGAGCUGUUUAUAAUUAGCGAUAAGGUUAUCGAAUAUCAUUUGGGAAAAGAUGUUGUUGGGGUGGUACUGGAAGGAUCAUCCGGAUCGAAGUUCAGAUGUUUCGAGUUGGAUAGCGAAAUUAAAUUUUUUGAGAAUGAUACCUUUAGAGAGGAAGUGAGGACGAAGCUGAUUGAAAAUAAAAUAGAAAGCAAAAGAAUGAUAUUUGAGCUGAUGAAUGAGGUUGAGGAGCUCAGGAGAAAGAUAUCAAAAAGUUAGAUGGCAUGAUAGAAGUACGUAGGUGUAUAGCGCAAUCUUUAAUCAAACAUUGCGAGGCUGGUAGUUUACGAAGUAAUAGCAUAACUGGACAACUCAUUCGUGAACUACAAUUCGAGUAUGUGAUGAAAACAGGGAUUAUGUGGUAAAUAAACCGU